AUGCCACUAGCACGCGCUGCCAGGCCCAGCAGCAAAGCAGGACGCAGCUGCCGCCGCCGCAACAAUAGCAGCAACAGCAGGAGCCCUGGCCGCAGCAGCAAAGGCAACAGCAGUAGCAGUAACGGCGGAGGCGGCAGCGGCAGCAGCGGCAGCCGUCGCGGAGUGCGGGGCGAUAGCAAGAAGGAGGACUCGAAGGCGCAGGCCUGCGAGCGUUAUAGGUGCUCUUCUUCAGGUGUAUUGGGAGCUGCUCCGCCACCUCCCCAGGGCCGAUGGCCGCCUCGUUCAUCUCAACCGCGGCCCAGCCGCUGUCUGGAUGCGUUACUAAGGGAGAACGUACUGCUGGCGGUGCUGCCUUUCUUAGAAGCAGCAGAUGCCACUCGGUUUGGGGCUUGUUGCACCGACUUGCACACAGCCCUGACAACCCCUAGAGUGCAGCCGCUCUGGCGCCGCUGGUUCGAAACCAGCGGCUUCGUCUGGUGGCCAUACGGCGGGGCUUGCGGAAGCUCCUGCAGCCUGCAGAUAGACAGAGAUGGGUUUGUCCUGCAGCAGGAGCGGCAGCAAGGGCAGCAACAGCCGCAGCUGCAACUAAUGGGAUUAGAUUCUCGGCCGGGCACGGGUUACCGCCACUUCAGCCACGAGGGAUGGUGCUGUCAGUUUUUGUGGAAUGCGCGUUCGCUGCACAAUUGGAAGAGUGGCACAUGUGCCUUUGCUGCACUGCAAACAGACAGUCAUAAACUCUUCAUGGUGUCCAUACACCCCAAAGGCUUAUACGCCUCCAGGGCAGAGGCCAUGCCGCUCUCCCCCGUUGCAGCACUGACUCUGCAGCAAACUGUUGAGUCCCCCGCAGCUGAUACACCGCGGCACGCCCGCCAAUCGCAGCAACGGCAGCAACAGCAGCGACAGGAGGAGCAGGAUGACCAGGGAUCUCCCACUGCAGCACCGCUGCAGCAACAGGCCGUCCGAUCUCCCGCAGCUGAAACACAGCGGCAAACAUACCAACACCAUAGGCAGCAACAAGAACAGCAGCAACAGCAACUGCAGCAGCAACAGCAACAGCAGCAACAAGACCCGCAUCCACAGCCGCAGCAGCAAUUGUUGAAUAACCUGGAUGAUGCAUCCGCCAGUCGUUUGACAGAUUCUGAAGGUUCAUUGCAGCCUUCUGUGCACUUUGCGCAUGGGGCUGGGAGGUAUCUUCGUGCUGCGUUGCAUGCGAAACCGGCUGUAUUGACGGCAGCAGCGGACAGGGUCGUGUGCAUCACUGAGCCUCUCAAGAAGGGCACCAUUGCGCCCAGCACCAGCUCACCUUCCAAUUCAGACGGGCCACAUGGAAGCAGCACCAGCAGCUGCUACCACCGCUCUGGUAAGGGGGCUCCUGCAGUGUCUGUUUCGCCUGUUUCUGCCUACGCUGCUGCAGGCAGCAUUUCCUCUCUUGCCUCUCUCGAACUGGAGCUCGAGAGUCUUGUCAGCGGGGGCGGCGGAGGCCGCAGAGGCAGCGGCAGAACGAAGAAGAACGGCGGCUCGCGUCAUGCAGCUGCAUCAGCAACAGCUGCUGCUUAUGCUGCGGGAGUAGGAGGCUCAGGGGAGCCCAGGAGGGCGAGCGGCGACGCAGCAGCAGCAACAGCAGCAGCAGCAGCCGGUGAUGUGCGGGAAAUAUGCCGUUGUUGGCCACGGGGUGCGUGGCUAGGCUGUAGUGUUGAUGCAGCUAGCGGCCUCAUGGCUUGCAGCCACCGCUCGACAGAGGCAACUAGCAACGCCGGCAGAGGCAGGCGGAAGAAAGGCAACAGUGGGGGCGGGGCGGCGGAGGCUUGCGAAUAUAAAGUCUUUGAUCUGCUGCAAGAAACUGAGUUGGCUCAGUUGGCAAUCGAGGGUCAGUUGGUGCACCGCCUAAUUCUCAAUUUCAUUUUCUCGCAAAAUCCCUCCCGCGUUUUUGGCUUCGACAGAUGGCACAGAGAAUUUUUUGUCUGGACGAUCUCUAACGCGGUGCCUGGAGAGGCCUUAGAGACCUCGGCAAUUGUAAACGCCCACACCGACGGCAUUUUGGGGCUCGACGUGACGGAGACGUACAGUUCCUUGAAGGUGCUUUCGGUCCUCUCGGGGAGCCGCGACGAGACGAUUAGUUUGUACUCCGUAGACCCUCUCCUUCGCCUUUCCACUUUUUCUGGACACCAGGCGGAAGUCUCGGCUGUCUGUUGGCUGCGGAAUGGCGAGGCGGCGCCCAGCGGCCAGCAGUGCCGACCAGAGCAAAUGGCCCAGGGUGUAUAUACAGUUGCAGACGCCCCAGGUGUAUAUACAGCAAAAGGUGCAUAUACAGAUGACGAAAUCCAACUCUUCGCAUCAGGCGCCUACAAUGGCACAAUCAAAAUUUGGGAUGCCAGACAAGCAGACCCAAAAAGCCUUUCAGGCAACGGUUUGACCCUCUUAGAACACCAAAAUAGAAUAACGAGGCUCGCCACUGCCUGGGACGGCCGAAUGCUGCUGUCUGGGGAUUCAGAGGGGGUCGUGAAGGCAAGCCGAAAUCCCUUUGUGUUGUUGUGGGAUUUGAGGAAAUGCGCGGAUUCCAUUUUGACGGCUAAGUACAACGGGGCCAUCCUCGACCUCCACGCAAAUCGCGCCUUUUGUGUUGUCCGAUCUAGCCCUUCCCGCGGCCGCGACACUGUCCACGUGUUGGACUUCUGUGGACGGCCCUCAUGA